GUGCCAAAUACAAACAACACGAAGAAGAAGAUAGAGCUCUCUGAUUGACGGUUUCCAAGGAAACCACCGACUCUAACGAGAACUGGGAUAUUGCUCGGUGCUGUGUAGUGACAGUGUCAAGAUGUCAUUUUUGUUUGACUGGAUCUACAAGGGCUUCAGUAGUGUUUUACAGUUUCUUGGUCUGUACAGGAAGAGUGGGAAGUUGGUUUUCCUGGGCCUGGACAAUGCCGGUAAAACGACUCUCCUACACAUGCUGAAAGAUGACCGACUUGGUCAGCAUGUACCGACGCUGCAUCCCACCUCAGAGGAGCUGACCAUCGGUGGGAUGACAUUCACCACGUUUGAUUUGGGAGGGCAUGUGCAAGCUCGAAGAGUUUGGAAGAACUAUCUGCCGGCUGUGAAUGGAGUCGUCUUCCUUGUUGACUGCACUGAUCAGGAAAGGCUGGCAGAAUCAAAGACUGAACUUGACGCUCUUCUGUUAGAUGAAACCGUCGCCAGCGUACCAGUGUUAGUUUUGGGGAAUAAAAUCGACCGUCCUGAGGCCGUCAGCGAAGCAGCGCUGAGGGGAGCGUUUGGUCUGGAUGGUCAGGUCACAGGAAAGGGAAGCGUGUCUUUGAAGGAGCUGAACGUUCGUCCGCUGGAGAUAUUCAUGUGCAGCGUGUUGAAGAGACAAGGCUAUGGGGAAGGCUUCAGAUGGUUAUCACAGUACAUCGACUGACAUCCACCCGUCAAAGUCCAGCAGGGAUUUAACACAAAACAUGCUAAAGCAACAGCAGCCUUCCCUGUUGAGAGCCAAGAUGGGCGAGUCCAUUUAAGCUAGCUUACAAUGUGACAUAUAUAUGUUUAUUUUUCCUGACCUGAACGUUUCCUUGUCUAUUUCAGUGGCUAAUCCAGUAAGUAUUUGAUUAUUUUCACAUUCAGCCUGCAUGUUAAACUCAAGAGUGACCAAUCGUACUUCAAGAAUAAGUGAGAAUGUGUUUAUCCAUGAACCAGCUCUGCAUGUAAGCUUUCUUGACCAUAUUCUGCUCCAGCGGGUGAAUCAUGUACAUUCUGUAUGAUACAAAUGUAAAUUCUUGUACAGUAACCUGGAACGGUCACUAUGAAGCAACAGUGUCUUCUGCUAAAUAAAUAUAUUCAAGUAUC